AGAAAGAUGGCGGCCCCUGUCCGGGCACUGGGCUUUACGGCUGCGGCCCUAAGAGCGGUCGCCCCCUGGUCCAAGGCCAGGUUCUUGGCGGCUUCCACGGGACCGCCAGCACCCCGGGAGUCGUUGUCCUCCAACCCCCAAGCUGAUGAAGGGCGGAUACACCUCACUGAAAGCUGUGUCCAGAGGCUCCUGGAAAUCACCGAAGGGUCAGAAUUUCUUCGUCUUGAGGUGGAGGGAGGUGGAUGCUCCGGGUUCCAGUACAAGUUUUCCCUGGAUACAGUUGUCAAUCCGGACGACAGGGUGUUUGAACAGGGUGGGGCCCGAGUGGUGGUUGACUCUGAUAGCCUGGCUUUCGUCAAAGGGGCCCAGGUGGACUUCAGCCAAGAACUGAUCCGAAGUUCCUUUCAAGUUUUGAACAACCCUCAGGCUCAGCAAGGCUGUUCCUGUGGCUCAUCCUUCUCGCUCAAGCUUUGAUACCAUGACAGGUGGCCCCCAGUGGAACCAAAUUGAGGAGACUAGUUAGUAGAAUUCUGGAGGUCGCCUUCCAAUCAUGUCCCUCUUGAUUUUUUUUUUUUCUUCUUCAGUAUAGGGACGUUGUGUUAUUGCCACUUUUCUUUUCAGGUUGUGAUCCACUAACACUUGACUUUAGUAAGUACCCUCAAUUCUGAGGCAUGUAGAUGCAAGUCUCUUAGAUCCACUAGCAGGUUGAGACCAUUUUGAUCUGUUUCUAGAGUUUGGAGUUACUUCUCUGACCUUCAGAGUUAUUUGUGUGUUUAAUAUAUAUUACAUAUAUAUUUGUGUGUAUAAUAUAUAUUACAUAUAUAUUAUAUAUAUUUAUGUGUGCAUAAAGCAGCAUUUUAAAGAAA